UGUUUGUUGAUUGGAUUAAAAAAAUCCAUUGAAUGAUGGCCGAAGAAGCACAGAAACGUGUACAAGCCGAAGUGAAUAAAUUUCUAACAAAUUUAGAUCAAACAUGUUUACGUAAAAUGCAAGUACAAAUGUUUCAAUGUUCAGCAAAAUGUUGUGAAAACAACAAUGCAUCAAUGGAACAAGUGGCCAGCUGUGUGGAAGAUUGUUCAUCAAAAUUUCGUAAAGCACAAAGCUAUAUAUCGAAUGAAAUGUCUGGAUUUUUGAAACGAUUAGAACGUUGUGCAUUACAAUGUCAAGAUCAGAUACAUGAUCAAAUGAAUGCCGAUACUACUGAUGAUCAAAUGAAACGUUUUGAAUCGCAAUUUGAAUCCUGUGUAAUACGUUGUGCCGAUGAUACCAUUAAAGUGAUGCCUGAUUUAUUUCGUAAAAUAAAAGGAAUUAUUGAAAAAGAAGCUUAUCAUAAAGCUUGAUUUGUGAAAGUGAAAUUUUUCAUUCACCAUCACUUUAAAUCAAAAUUAUUAUUUCGUAUAAAAAGAAAAAAAAAUCACACAUCAUCAUUAUCAUCAUCAUCAUCAUCAUCAUUCCCUAUAAAUGUAGAAUAUUCCUGCACGUAUAGCAGCAACUAUAUAUAUAUAUAUAGUUGAUGGUUCUCUGUGUGUAAUGAAUAUGUAGAAUUGACAAAAGAAAUGACAAUCAAACACACACACACGCACCACCUCCAAAUUGAAAAUUUUUGAUCAAUUCUAUCAAUAUUUUUUCAUUCAAAAAAAAACAAAUAAAA